UUUCACAUCGAUUUUUGGUUUUUUUUUUCUUUUUUUUUUUUUGUUGUUGGAGUUCCAUGCGCGCCCAACCUGUAAAUUGAGGUAGUGAGGUUUUAGUGGUUUUGGUUCAAUUAUCUCCAUCUGUUGGUUUUUGCUAACAUUCAUGUGGAGCUUCUGCGAACACAUUUCAUAAUGACGCUGUAUUCAGAAAUUUGUGCCGACUAAUCAUCGACUAUGCAACUAACUGUAUCGAUUGCUGGUUGGUGUAGCCUGGAUGAUCUCUUUGACAAUCAGGUCUGAGUUCUCCGGUUCUACUUAUUCCUUCCCUACUCCUGUCGAUAACAGUUAGGAAGCUUACCAUGUCCAAUUACCCGAGUAUCUUCGCUCAUUAGAAGGUUCGUUUGGAGCCUCUCUUGAUCCAUCAAAAUGCAGUAAGACGAGCAUGGAGGAGAAAAGAAAUUUAGUCUAUGAAAUAUCAGAUCAGCCACAUGCUUCUGAACUGCUUCAGUCCUGGAGUCGUCAAGAGAUUCUAGAGAUCCUGUGUGCAGAGAUGGGAAAAGAGAGAAAAUAUACCGGAUUAACAAAACUGAAAAUAGUCGAGAACCUUCUGAAGAUUGUUACUGAAAAGAAAUCAGGGUCAACUGAGAAUGUAGCAGACCUUGACCAGCAAUCUUCUUCACCCUAUCUUUCUCCAAAGAUUACCAAAAGGCAAAGAAAAAUUGAUCAGCCAUCACGGCUACCAGUUCCGGAAAACAAUAUUCCUAUCAGUAGCAUUAGGAGUGACUCAAAUAUUGCAGUUUACUGCAGAAAUUCAGCAUGCAAGGCUACCUUAAAUGAAGAUGAUAAAUUUUGCAAGAGGUGUUCAUGCUGCAUCUGCUAUCAAUAUGAUGAUAAUAAGGAUCCUAGUCUAUGGUUAAGUUGCAGCUCUGACCCACCAUUUCAAGGCACUUCAUGUGGUUUGUCAUGCCAUCUUGAAUGUGCAUUGAAGCAUGAAAAAUCUGGAAUUUCUAAAGGACAGCAGGUUGGAAUUGAACGGACUUUCUAUUGUCUAUCAUGUGGAAAAGUCAACGACUUGCUUGGGAGUUGGAGAAAACAAUUGAUGAAGGCAAAGGAAACCCGAAGGGUGGAUAUACUGUGUUACCGCAUCUCUUUAGCCAAAAAGAUUUUGAGUGAAGGUGAAAAGUAUCAAGAUGUUUGUCGGAUCGUGGAUGAGGCUGUGAAGAAACUUGAAGCUGAAGUGGGUCCUUUGACUGGUGUACCGGUUGGUACGGGCAGAGGCAUAGUGAACAGGCUUUCUUCAGGACCAGAGGUUCAGAAACUCUGCACGUUAGCCAUUGAUACACUGGACUCCUUGCUCUCCAAGAAGAUCUUGCAUCAAUCGCCCAUUUCCAUUAUACAAGACACAAAUUUGGUAGCUACAAACUUAUUAAGGUUCGAAGAUGUUGAUGCAACAUACCUUACAGUGGUUAUGGGUACCGAAGAUGUUUCUUCUGGAGAAACUGUUGGUUACAGGCUAUGGCAUCGAAAGGCAUGUGAUAUAGAUUACCCUAUAGAGCCAACUUGCAUCUUGUCUCAACCCAAUUUGAGGUUUGUCGUCCGAGGACUGACCCCAUCUUCAGAAUAUUAUUUCAAAGCCAUUUCCUUUAAUGGGACAGGAGAUUUGGGGAUGUGUGAAGUUCAGAUCUCAACUGCUAGUGCUCGGGAGGACCACCCAGGAUGCUUGGUGAUUGAAAGAAGUCAGAGUUCGGUUACCAACGUUAGUGAGCUCUCUAAUCCUUCUUCAGUAGAAGAUGAAACAAACAAUGAAAUGCCUUGUAGCGACCAGAGUGAUAGUCAAACAGAGAACUAUCUUUCUUAUUGCAAAGAUCCUAACAAGAUUAUCACUGCUAACCUGUCUAAAGAUGCAAUAAACUGCACUGAUGUCGGUGGAGGAGAAACAGCAAAAGAUUCUGUUUCUUUGUUGGAUGAGAAACAUGUUACAAAGAAAAGUGGCAUGCUGCCUGAUCCUAAUGUUCCAAAACUUGAAGACAAACAUUCCUCUGAGGUUCAUAUCAUUGAAGAUACAAGCGUAAAUAAUGGGUCAAAUUCUGCCGUUCAAGAAGGAACUAAAUGGCCACCAUUUGUUAACAGCUCUGGGGCUGGAUUGCCAGCUACUCCUUGCAAGAUGGAAAUACUUAAGGAUGUUCUUGGAAGGAGUGGACGAUCGAAGUCCAGUGCUAAGGAUCGAGAAAACGGGUCUGGGGGAGACAAACUCCGACAUGGCAGCAAAUCUAAGAAGAGAAGUGCAGAGAUUCGAGAUGCCGAUUGUACGGCAAAUGGUAUUUCAGAUAAGGAUUUUGAGUAUUAUGUAAAAUUGAUUAGAUGGCUAGAAUGCGAGGGACACAUAGAUAAGAACUUCAGACAAAAAUUCUUAACCUGGUACAGCUUGAGUUCCACAGCCCAAGAAGUUAGGAUUGUGAAGGCCUUUGUUGAUAACUUCAUUGAAGAUCCAUCAGCUCUUGCAGAGCAACUUGUGGACACCUUUUCAGAAUGCAUUUCAAGCAAGAAAACAUGUGCUGUGCCUGCUGGAUUCUGCAUGAAGCUUUGGCAUUGAUCCUCUCAGAAAGCAUCAAAUUUAAUAAGUCCUAGAUUGGAAUUAUAUCGGUUGUAGGCAUUCUUUAGAUACAUUUCCUUUCUUUCUCCAUUUAAACUGUCAUCAAUUGAAUUGGCAUCAUCUUAGCUCUAUUUAGCAUACUUAUGGCGCUAACAUGUCAUCCACAUUCGUCAUUUUUAACAUAUUGAACAGAUUUGUAGAUGAGUAUGAUUUAACAUCCUUACUCACUGAUUGAUCCCAUUUAGCAAUUAACUUAUGAAACUUGUUUCUGGGGUUUUGA